AUGAUUACCCUCGGCACCCUCACGCUCCUUCAACACCCUGAUCAACUCAACCAGCUCCGCCAAGAUCCAUCUCUCAUCAAAGGUGCAGUAGAGGAAAUACUACGUUAUCUCACGGGUUCACAGUUUGCCACUCGUCGAGUAGCCAUAGAGGAUGUGGAAGUCGGAGGUCAGACAAUCAAGAAGGGCGAAGGCGUCUGGGCUUUGAAUGCGUCAGCCAACGAGGACGAGUCUGUCUUCAAGGAUCCAACUCGCUUCGACAUCCACCGUGCACCAAAUCCUCAUCUUGCCUUCGGCGAUGGUAUUCAUCAAUGCGUUGCGGAGCAUUUAGCACGCGCUGAGAUUCAAAUUGCCAUUGCUACUCUCAUCCGUCGUUUGCCCAAUCUCCAGCUGGCUGUUCCAGAUGACAAAGUGAACUACGUCACAGAUCAUACACGCGAUUUUGGUGUCACGACACUGCCCGUAAAAUGGUGA